AUGGCAAAUGCCAACGAGCCGCCCGGUGGCUAUGCGGAGAUCGCGAACCCCCCCCAAAACACCGUGGUCAAGAUUCCGCGGCUAGGUUUUGGCACUUAUCAGAUUCCGCCUGGAUAUGAGACGGAACAGGCGGUUUCCGCUGCCCUGAAGGUUGGCUACCGCCACAUUGAUACAGCGGCGGUCUACCAGAAUGAAGAGUCUGUGGGUGCGGCGAUCAAGAAGAGCGGGCUUCCCCGCGAGGAGCUCUUCGUGACAACCAAGCUGUGGAACAGCGACCACGGCUUCGAGCGUACGCUGCACGCCUUUGGGCGGAGCCUGCACAAGCUGGAACUCGACUACGUCGACCUGUACCUGGUCCACGCGCCCGGCAGCCCGCGCACGCGCGACGAGACGUGGCGCGCGAUGGAGUCCAUCCUGGAGGCCGGCAAGGCACGCGCGGUGGGCGUGAGCAAUUUCGGCGUGAAGCACCUGGAGCACCUCCUCAAAAUCUGCAACUACCGCCCCGCCGUCAACCAGGUCCGGACACGUGUGGCUCGUCUGACGUCCGAUUUGUCGCCGCCGUUUUUGGAAUGUUACCGAGCUUUGCGGAUAGUCUUCGACUACCGCCCCGCUGACAACCAGAUCGAGCUGCACCCGUACAACCAGCGCAAGGACAUCGUGGGCUACUGCCGCGAGAACGGCAUCGCGCUCGAGGCAUAUGCCCCGCUCACGCGCGGCCGCAAGCUCAACGACCCGCCGCUCGUCGAGAUCGCCAAGAAGUACCACAAGGCGACGGCGCAGAUCCUGAUCCGCUGGGGGCUCCAGAAGGGCUUCAUCGUCAUCGCCAAGUCGACCAACCGCGAGCGUAUGAAGAUGAACCUAGAGGCGAGUUUAUCCCAGCUACCUGUCACCGACUUUGAGAUCGGUCCCGACGACAUGGCGAAGCUCGAUGCGCUGGACGAGAAACUCGUCACCGACAUCUGGGAUCCGACGGCGGAGCCGUGA